AUGAUUGAGUCAGUCAAAAUAAGAAGACAAUGCAUGCUGGAUUUCUACUCACAUUAUGAACAUCUUUGUGUUCUUCAAGGCUCUGUCCCACUGAAAGCUGUGAAGGCUAACCUGAGUCAGGGUGCUCUUGAUGUAACUGUAGAUCGCAUCAAAGCUGCUGAUUGGGCACCACUUCUGAAUGCUAUCAGGCAUAAUAAGACUCUGACUUCUAUUGGAAUAAGAAGUUUUCAUCAACAGGGUCUUGGAGAAUCAGGUGUUGAAAGAUACAAAACUUACUUUAGAAGGAGAAUUCCAGCAAUUCGAUCAAAAGACUUGACUGGCCAACUAUGCAAAGCUGUCAAAGGCUGUCUCAGUAUAUCAGAUGUACUAAAAAAUUUAGAACUGCAGGGUUUGCUUCUGAGGGAGAGAGAUCUAAUACUUUUAACAAAGGGCUUGGCCACAGCUUCAUCUCUGGAGAGUGUCUCUUUAGCCCACUGUCCAAUUGGAGAUGGAGGAUUAGAAACAAUCUGUCAGAGUGUAAAGAAUUCAGCUACUAUCAGAUACGUAAACUUCACAGGAUGUAGCCUCACAUGGCGAGGGGCAGAACAUAUAGCAAAUGUAUUAAAGCACCAGGCAAUGAAAAGACAUGGUGAAGCUUGGGCUGAAAGCCUACGUUACAGGCGACCUGACCUUGACUAUAUGACUGGCUUGAGGCGGAUUACUUUCAACUGCAACAUGCUUGUUGGAGAUAGAGGAGCAAGUGCCUUUGCAGACUGUCUAGGAGAGGACCUUUGGCUAAAAGCACUUGAUUUGCAGCAGUGUGGAAUAUCCAAUGAAGGAGCAAGGUCAUUAUUAGAUGCUCUUCAAACUAAUACAGCAUUAGUGGUACUUGACAUAAGAAAAAAUCCAUUAAUUGAUCAUGUUAUGAUGAAAAACAUUAUUGAAAGAGUUCUUAUGAAUGGAAAUGGUGCUAAUUCGGAGUAUAAGUGGCUGAUGUCUCCAUCUUCUAAGGAUGCUUUGAAAACUAGACCGAAGAAAAGAACUAUUGUCCUAGGAAGUGGUCGAAAAGGAAAAGCUACUAUUCGUAUUGGAUUAACAUGUAAAAAGUCUGUAAGUCCUGCGAAAAAAAACACGUCUGUGAAAGAUAGUUACUCACCAAAACCACUGCCGCCAGGCACAAAAGGCUUCCUUCCUUGGCGGACAGCAGAACGCGCAAAGAGAUGCAGAGGGGGGCCAGCGGAUAGUACUGAAGAAUUACCAGUGAAGAUUCAG